AUGGAGGUACUUCCCAACGCCAUGGAUGGUCAAGCCGAUCGACUAGACGAGGCAAUGAAUGUCUUGUCCCAUCUGCUGGUCGAUCUCGAGUCAGAACUCGAAGACAUUGCAAAGAACGAUGCAACGAAGCUGCCGCCGAUACCGCCGCCGGAAGGCCUCACUAACAAGUCGGGUCAGCUCGACAGCGCCCUGAACGUCUUGAAUGCACAGCUUAUCGAGCUGGAGAACGAGCUCCAGAAGGACGGCUUUGCGCCAAGUCCUGGCGAUGGGAAGCUCGAGGAGACCAAGGAACCCAAGAUCCGAGCUUCGAGCCAAGGUGAGAAAGGGCCGACGCCAAAGCAGACCAAAGAGGUGCUGGCAACGCCAUUGAAUGUGGUACCUACAAUGCUCUUGCACACACAGCCCGGGCAGCCGCAGCGACACCCUGGAGUCGCCAAGGCGCUUCCGGGUGCUCCUGUCAUGGCACAGAUGCCCUGGGGCUGGAGGCUCCCCGACCAGAGGUUGCCGCAGGCCCCGCCGCAGCAGUUUCAGCCGCGGACAUCACCCCGCCCCAGCAGACUGUCCCAGGAGCCACCGGGGCAGAAGGUCGCUGUCGCGCCACCUCAGGUUGCCUCCGGUGCAGCCAUGGCUUCUGCAGCGAUGUCUGCCACGGCAAACAUGACGCCGUCAACUGCACCGGUACUGACCUAUUCUGGUCGGGCCAUUAGCCCGGCGCCGGUUGGCACAGGCAAAGCAAGGCAGCCCGCGACACCACCGCCUUUGGUGCUCUCGGGUUCGGCAUUCCGCUCUCCUUCCGAAGGCCGCAUUGGUGCCUUCCGACCUGAGCAUGCGAAGUCGCCCAUGCAGAGGCAGCAUCCAGAUGGAUGGCGGUCACCGGCCGCGCUGCCAACUGCUCCUUCGGCGUUUCCCAUGUGCCGAUCCACGCCCUCACCUCGGCCGAGUGUCGGCCAAGGCUUCGGAACUUCCCCUGCUGGCAAUCGUCUCGCCUCGACGCAUGGCCACGCGAAAUCCUCGUGGCGCUCGCCAUCGGAAGGCCGCAUUGGGAGCGGACCGCACUGGGGCCCUGCAGACGGGGCUGGGCAGACGCGAACUCCGCGCUUUGACAUGGCGGCGCAAUCGCCUAUGCGGAGUCUCAACCCAGGCGACGAGCACCGGCCGAAGUGGAACGCAGCGUUUUUGGACGAGGCCGACAGCAUCGAUCCAGAGGACCCAGGUAUCCUUGGCGACUACCACAGCUGCCGAAGUGGGGAGCUGGCUGGCGAGCUGGCACUUAGCCUGGCGAUGUCGAGCCUCCAACAAGCCAGCUUCGCCGGUGUGAAUGCCGCCGAUAUCGUGGACUGGCUACAGACCGCGACGAUGUGGAAGCAAUGCAGCUUCCGGCGUAGAACCGUUUGCAGCAACUGCGGCCUGGAUAUUGACGACAAGGAGACUUUCGUCAGCCGCAUCAGCAUCGCCACCGAGCUGGGAGACGUAGAGUUAGGCCUGAAGGUGCACUACGAAGAUCUCUUCAGCCACGAGGUUGGGGGUGUGAUCGCUUUCUGGAGCACUUUGCGAUGCGACGCCGUGAUCGGAGGUGUCAAGUGCGAAGUGUUCAGCUUCGAUGAGGGCCAACCCAGCUUGCCCAGUGGUGCCACGGCACAUUCAACAGUGUAUGGGGAGGAACCGGGGUGUUUCACAGAUGACCAUCCCGGCCUUCCGUCAUAUUGA